AUGAGCGACAGUGAAGAACAUAAAAAUGAUAUAAGAAAAAUGAAAUCAAAAAAACGAAAAACAUCCGAUGACGAAGAAGAAACAGGAACACCACAAGAAGAAGAAGACGAUGAAGAAGUAGAAGGAGACGAGGACGACGAAGAAGAGGACGAAGAUGACGAAGACGAUGAUGAGGAUGAAGAAGAAAAUAGAAAUAAGAGAAAAAAAGGAAGUUAUCAACAAAAACGAAAGAAAAAGAAGAUUUCUGGAAAAAAUUUCAUUAUUGAUGAAGCUGAUGUUGAUGACGAUGAAGAAGAAGAGGAAGAAGAAGAUGCACCUGAAGAAGGUUUUGUUGAACAAACAGAAAUUCAUGAUACAACAGCAGCUGAUAUUUAUCGAGCUGGGCGAUCCAAAUUUUCACUUCCUGAAGAUGGAAUGGAUCCAAUUGAAAUGGAGAAAUAUAUCAACGAACGUUAUGGCCCAAAAGGUCGAGGAACGCGCGGUGAUUACGAUGAAUACAAUGAUGGAGAACAAGUUCCAGAUGAAAUCACACAGCAGAGUUUAUUACCUGAUGUUAAAUCACCUAAUCUUUGGCCAGUUAAAUGCAGAAUUGGAGAAGAAAGGCAAACAGCUUUACUACUUAUGAGAAAAUAUCUUUCUCUAGAAAAUAAUGAAAAAGCGUUACAAAUAAAAUCAGUUGUUGUGAAAGAAGGUGAUCGGGGUUAUAUCUAUAUUGAAGCAUUCAAGUCAAAUCACGUUAAAGCAGCAUGCGAUGAUAUACGUUCAUUAAAUGUUACAAAUCUUCAAAUGGUACCUAUCAAAGGAAUGACUGAUAUACUUCGAGUUGUCAAAACAACAUAUGGAAUUAAAAAAGGUUCAUGGGUACGUGUUAAACGUGGCGUUUACCGUGAUGAUUUAGCUAAAGUUGAACAAUGCGAUAUGGUACAAAAUUUGGUCACCCUUAAAUUAAUACCAAGAAUUGAUUACAGUAGAAAACGUGGUGGACCAAGAGGAAUAUCCAACGAUCAAAGUAAUAUUGUACCUGAACCACAUCAAGCAGCGAAGAAAAAAAGUCGCUUCGCUUUCAAAAGACCACCAGCAAAAUUAUUUGACGAAACAGCUGUAGAAGCUGCUGGUGGACAAAUCAAAAGAGAUAUUGAACAUAGAUCGUUUGAAGGUGGAAAGUAUGAUGAUAAAGGUUUCCUUAUCAAGAAUUUCCCACUUGUUGCUGUUUCGGCUGAUGGUAUUACUCCAAGUAUCAGUGAGCUGGAUAAAUUUGAAGAAACACUUGAUGGGCCCGAAUCUAAUGUUUCCAUCAACAAAAGAAAAACAUCAAAAAAUGAUUUAUUAUCAUUUGCACCUGGUGAUCAUGUAGAAGUAUGUGAAGGUGAAUUAAUAAAUUUACAAGGUACAAUUGUUGGUAUUGAUGGAGAUUCAAUUCGAAUAUUGCCAAAACAUGAAGCUCUAAAAGAUGAAAUUCCAUUCAAAGCCCAUGAAUUGAGAAAAUAUUUUUCCGUCGGAAAUCAUGUUAAAGUAUUAAGUGGAAGAUUUGAAGGUGAAACUGGCAUGAUUGUAGGCAUUGAAGGAGCAAAAGCUGUUGUUUUAAGUGAUGGAACCAAAGAUGAAAUGUCCGUUCGAACAUCUGACCUUCAAAUUACUAAAGAAACAGCAACAGGUGUGGAUUCAACAGGACAAUUUCAACUUAGAGAUUUAGUCAAUAUAUCAGCCGAUAAAGUUGGUGUUGUUGUACGUAUUGAAAAGGAACGUUUACAUGUAUUAAAUAUGGAUGGAAAAGUUCAAUUAGUUCCGAUUCAAUCAGUAACUAAAAGAAAAAUAAAUCGAAAUGCAACGGCACUUGAUUCACAAAAUAAUAAUUUAAAUGCUGGAGAUAUUGUUAAUGUUAAUGAUGGACUAUUUGCAAAUCGUCAAGGUCAAAUAAAACAUCUUUAUAGACAUUUCGUUUUCAUAUUUUGUCGAACACUAACUGAGAAUGGCGGUUUAUUUGUAUGUAAAGCAAGAAACUUAUCAUUAGCUGGUGGAGCAUCAAAAGUUUCAUCGGGACCAUUAUCAAUUCCAAUGAAUGCUCCUUAUAUGUCACCACGUGUCACAUCCUCGCCGUCUCCACAUACAUUAUCCGGCGGUUCUUCAUCAAUACAUGGAAAUAGUCCAGCAUCAGGUGGUGGACGAACGCCUAAUUCAACUGGAGGUGGUGGGCCUAAGUCACAAUCGUCAUCAUUAAAUAAUAUUCGUCGUGAUACAGCUUUAAUUGGACAAACAGUUCGAAUUUCACAAGGGCCUUAUAAAGGUUAUGUUGGUAUUGUUAAAGAUGCAACUGAUUCAACAUGUAAAAUUGAACUUCAUGCCAAAUGUCAAACGAUUACUGUUGAUCGAAAUCGAAUUGUAUCAACAACAAAUGUUCCACGUAAUGCUGGUGAAAUGUCUCAUCAUUUUACGACACCACUUCACGGCUCACAAACACCAUCCUAUGCUGCAUUUGGUUCUCGUACUCCAAUGAUUGGUAAUCAAACUCCAAUGCACGAUGGAUCACGAACGCCUUAUUAUGGAAAUAUGACACCUCGUCAUGAUGGCUCAAUGACUCCACAUGCUCAUGGUGGAGCAUCAGCUUGGGAUCCAACUUAUGCAACAACGCCUAGAGUCGAUUAUGAUGAUGAUGAUGGUCCAUCACCAUUUUCUACAUUAAAUCCAACGACACCUUCAUAUAGUCAUUUAGCAGAUACAUUGCCAAGUGGUCUUGGUAGUUCAAAUACAACAGGUUCAUCAUCUCUUUCAAGUUCUUCAUCAGCUGCACAAUCAGCUUCUGCCUCAUUACUUGGCUCAACUGGUGGACCUUCAAGUGUACUUUCUAAUGCAUCAGCCAGUGCUUAUUCUCCAUAUUCAAAUCAUCCAACACCAUCGCCAGCUAUGCCAAUGGAUUAUCAACCAUAUAGUUCUCAUAUUCCAACACCAGGUGCAGCAGGCGGUAGUUUUUCUUCAUCAAAUAAUAACAUUUCAACGGAUCAAUCAUCAGCUGGAAGUUAUGUUUAUUCUCCAUCAAUAAAUAUAACUCCUGUAACACCAAGUGCGCAAUAUGCACCAAUGUCAACGGCAUUGGAUCUUGAUUCAAUAUCAAAUAAUGAUUGGCAUGCAGAAGGAUUACAUGUUCGAAUUAAAGUAGCUAAUGAAGAUGAAUCGAUACAUGUAGGAAUGAUUGGCGUUAUUCAAAGUAUUUCGAAUGGCGUGUGCACGGUUCAUUUAAGUCAACAAGAUCGUCGUGCUGUUAUUCCACUUGAUCAUAUGGAACCUGUUACACCGAAAGUAAACGAUAAAAUCUAUGUUAUCGGUGGAGAUAGUAAAGGUGCAUCGGGUGAUUUACUAGCGGUUGAUAAUCCAGAUGGUGUUGUUAAACUCGAUGGAAAUAUUUCGGAUGAUGGCAUAUUAUUGAUUAAUUUAAAAUAUUUAUGCAAAUGCAACUAA